CAAUCUCCAUCAUAGUGAUCAUGGCAUCAAUCUGGCACCAUUCGAGUCGGUAGAAGGGCAUCCGGAAAUUUAAUGGCGGUCUCGAUUUGGUACACUAGAUCGCUCUGUUUAUCCCCGGAAUUCUUCAUUUCCGCCUAAAAAUCACAGUGACGGCACGCCGCUGGGAGCUGGGUCUGGAGACUGAAGGAUCAGAUGACAAUUCUUUUGCUUUAUAGACCUUUGACGAUUUUUGUCUGCCUCUGUCUUUCUUCUGCUUAGCUCAGUUGUGCCUACUUUUGUUUCAGUCUUUUGAACAACCCAAAUCUGCUUUUCUAAAGCCAUCUCUUUUGGGGCACAACUGGCAGAAGUGUUACGGACCAUAUAACGGGAAGCAAUUUUUGAGCACCAGAAGCCAAAAUCAAGCAUCAAAAUGAACCCAAAAAACCCUCUGGGUAUCAUAGACGCUUCUUGUCAACCGCCUUCGCAGGUACAAAGCCGAUCUCCUGGCCAAUUACAGUCGGAAGAAGAGAUGAUCGGAUUGGAUCCGACGCCGGCCCAUCCAAUGCGUACGUUGUCGCGGGAGUCCAGCUUUGCACAAUUUGCGUCGUGGCAACCUGGAAGCCCGCUUGAUUCCGACAGCCAGUCGCCUUCAUACCCCUAUAGACAAUAUUCCCAAUCCAGCGAGAAUGACAAUUCCAGCUGCAACUCACCAUCUCCUGGCCUUCUCCGAUCAUCAUCAGGGCUCCCUCUAUUGAGCCACAGAGACACUGCAAGCCCCAUACGCCCAAUCCCAGCUUCGAGACUGUCAGAACUACGGGGGCACACUGCUUCCACAAAGCAAAAUCCUGAGUAUGCCGGACGGGGACAUCAUCACCAUAAGUUCCCGUCACUCUCGCGCCUCCCAAAGCAGUCUAAGGCUUCCUCUACAGCAGUUGCCUCUGGUCAGUCAAUGGAACUUGAAGAACUUCCGCAUGGCCAUCGUACGAGGCCCUCACAAGCUCGUUUCGAUGAUUCUUCGAGCCACGAGCAUGGUGCUAAAUCCUCUGCUCCGUCUCUCUCGUAUAUAUCAGAUGAACACCGUGAUGAUCUCCGACGAAAGCUCCCUCGAGAACUAAGGCGCCAGCAUCAGUGUGAUGAGUUGGAGUCGGAUCUGAUCAAGGAAGCUCUGACAGUUGGAGAUAUCUUGUCAUUUCUUCGGGACUAUUCACAGUUCCGGGAGCGACCUUCUGGCAAGAUCUUCGACUCGUUGAUAUGGGUGGAAACGUUCGCUCCCCCAGUUGUGGCACCUGUCUCAGAUCCAGAAAAUCAAGCCGUAGAUAGAAAAUCAUUGGGUCCUGAGAAAGGGCGACGAAAGAAAGGCCGAUCCAAGAACAGCGAAGACGCUUCCGCGUUUCUUCCAAAGGAGAGCUUCUCCCAGAAUUUAUGUCGCUUACGUUCUUUGCUACAAACGCAAAAAUGCAAUUGCUCUUUGCAACUCUGCAUCCUGGCGACGAAGAGCGACUGCGUCGAAGAAAUGUUCUCCUUCAUGCAAAAAGCUAAAGCAUCAACAAAGGCUCAGAUUGGCCGAUUGUUCGGCGCACCUCGGCGCGCCCUUAUUCACACUGUCUCUCUAGAGUGGGACCUUGAGGAGGACGCGUUCCGCCGUUUGCUCGAAGUCAACACUUCUGAAAGUGUGUCCGUUAGGCUUCCUUCUGCUGGUCCGCCUCCGCCCCCGUUUGAUCUUAGCCAUUUGGAUGGGACCUCUUUUACGCUACGCUGGCAAGCCAAGUGCCCCAAGUAUACCAUGGAUUUUGACGUCUAUGUAUGGCAACCUUUUCGCAAGCCUCCGCGCGAUAGAUAUGUUCAAGUACAUGUGCUUCCGACGCACAGUUACAAUGCUCGACGCAUGAUUCUCUUGGUGGAAGACUCCCAUCAGCUACGCAGACUUCGAGAAUCCAGGCUACAAAUUCGAAGCGACAAGGUUCAAAACCAAUUCCUAGUGGAAGAUGAAAUUCUCACGACAACAUUUGUUGUCUUUGAUCAUAUGCUCUCUGAUACGACUCGGUUCUUGGAAGGGGCCAUUGAGCAAUGCAACCAGCUGCUUUAUGAUGGUAGAGCGAGGCCUUCUGGAAGCAAAGUCCAGUUCCUUGCUCACUUGAACGACUGUCUGAACAAGGCAGUUGAGGACCUCGGGCAUAGCCUCAUCUGUCUAUCCCAAGUGCAGCGUUUUCUGGAAGAGUGCGGGCAGAGCCUUCCUGAUUGGGAUGCUAGAGACUCCUACAUGAAGCAUACCUGCAAUCUCAAGGUGGACCUCGAAUUUCUUCAAGACGAGUUUCGUGGUCUGGGCAAGCGAGUGAACGGUUUUGACGGACUUCGUACCAUGAUAAAUGAGCACAUAAAUCUAUUGCAAAAUCGUCGUACAAUGAUUAUUACAGUACUUCUCGCGCUCUACGUUCCACUUUCAUUCAUGACGUCAUUCCUCGGCAUGAAUGUCUGGACAGAAAGGCCUAAAAAGGGGCAAAAAGCUGAUGGCAAGAUAUGGUCACUGAAUACAUUCUUCAUUGUUUCACUGCCAUUAGCAUUCGGCUCAAUCGUCGUUCCGCUCAUUUUGGGAGCCAUCAUCCGAUAUAUUGUGCAAUACAUUCUAAAGCAUCGCGCGUAUUGGCGUAUUAUUUGCGCUUUCCUUUUGUUUGUCUAUGCGCUCACCUGUUAUAUUCUUGUGCCUAUAUUACUUCCACCGAUCCCCGGCAGCACCUUUGUUGGAGCCCUUCUGAUGAUUAUCACUGAUAUACUUCUCAUUUUUUUCGCCAUCUGGAAAGUUUAUUGGGCC